AUGCGAAAAUUACACUCUGAACCACCCGUCCCAGACCCUCCAGGGACCACUUGGCCAGGAAUCCCGAAACCCCCCUUGUGCAACCCUUUUCCCAAACCCUCCAGGGACCCCUCGGCCAGAAACCCCGAAACCCCCCACCCCGUGCAACCUUUUCCCAGACCCUCCAGGGACCACUUGACCAGGAAUCCCGAAACCCCCCGUGCAGCCCUUUCCCAGAUCCUCCAGGGACCACUUGGCAAUGGAUCCCGAAACCCCCGUGCACCCUUUCCCAGACCCUCCAGGGACCCCUCGGCCAGAAACCCCGAAACCCCCCUUCCCGUGCAGCCCUUUCCCAGAUCCUCCAGGGACCACUUGGCAAAGGAUCCCGAAACCCCCCCCCCUUCCCGUGCAGCCCUUUCCCAGAUCCUCCAGGGACCACUUGGCAAAGGAUCCCGAAACCCCCCCCCCAUCCCGGGCAACCCUUUCCCAGACCCUCCAGGGACCACUUGGCCAAAAACUCCGACGAACAAAAGGAAACAGGCCGAAGUUGUUGCGCCAUCGGCGAUGGCGUCAGUGGGAAGAAGCCACCUGGCCGUCGUCCUCGGCUUGAUGACGUCAUCGCGCCGACCUUACGUCAUCAGCUACCUCCUUCUGGAGCCGAGGACAAGGUAGGGGGGCGGAGCCUCGGCGCAAAGACUGAAGCGAUCGCCCCAACGGGAGGUUGUUCCAGACUUGCUCUUCUACCGUAUCCCACAGUAUCCUACUGUAAUCUACCGUACCAUGCCGUCUAUUGGAACGCCACUCCGCCAGCGCAACAAGGGUUCGUAUUUUUAUUGAGUUAAAAUUAUUUUUUGGUUUUUGAAAAAUUAUAAAAUUUGGUUGAACAAUUAUGCAACAGGGUUUUGAGUUGAUUUGUGAAAUUUCCGGGUUAAAAUAAUAUAUUUUUGGGUUUUUUUUAGGGUUUCAGUUUUUGUAAACUUGCGAAUCCCAGAGUGGCCCCUAUAGGGGUCGAAAAACUGGUCCUAGAGGGUUAAAAUCAAGGUGGUCCCUAUAGGGGUUUAGGGUCUGACCCCUUAGCUCCUAAAGCUUAAGUGGUCCCUAUAGGGGUCUUUCAACUUCAUUUAAAAAACGCUUAUUUAUUUAAUUUUUGCAAUGGAAGUGCUUCUUUGCUUAGAGUUCAAAUAAUGAUCUCUCCUAGAGGGGCCACUAACUGAAACCCCUAAAAGGACCACUUUACAAGUUUCAGUGGCCCCCUGGAAAUUCUUCUUCGCAUAGAGGUCAUGAAACUUAUCGAAUAGCAUUUCCCCUAUAGGGACCACUUUGGCAAGCCUUAGUGGUCCCUAUAGGGGUUGGCAAAGUGGUCCUGAAGGUUUCCCCUAUAGGGACCACUCUGGAGCUCUUAAGAAACGUGAUUCAGCCAUGGAACGAAAAAUAUUAAGAAUUAUACUUUAGGAAUUUUCGAAGACUUAAUUUGGAACAUAAUUCUUUAAGAAAAUCCAUAUGAAAAUAAAAAAAAAGUGAGUCAGAAAUAUCCAUUUUUCGUUCAUCGCGGCCCGAUAAAAAAGCCUCCUCUGAGUACCUGGGCAUUUUUUCUCCUUCGGAGGCUCAAAUGUCGACCUGGAGGCCCAUCGUCGAGGGCAAAGUUGCGCAAUCGCCAACCGGCCUCAUCCGAAAAACAGCUCGAGAAGCGCUCAGGUCGUCGCUUCUCAGCAAAUAACGGGGGCGAGGUUCUCGUGGCUCUUGAUCGGGACUUCUUUCUUGGGCCAGACCAAAGUUGGGCGGGGGAUAAUUGCGCAAGGCGGCUGGUUCGGGGUGGUUAAGGGGCUGGAGAUAUUAGAAAUGGUCCAAAAUGGGGAAUUUUUUCGAUUUUUAAGCAUUUUAGAUCAAUUUUCGAUCAUUCUUCUAGAACUACUAGAGUUACCAAGGACCCAGGAACUCCAGAGUGGUCCCCAUAGGGUGCUCUUGGAGCGUUCCUAUCCAAGGACCACUUCACCACCCCUAUAGCGGCCACUAAAGCUUGCACAAGUGGUCCCUAUAGGGGACAUUCUAGCGGAUAACUUUUAUGAACCCUGAAGAAACAUUGUCAUUGAAAAAACGGAAUAAAUAAGCAUUUUUGAGUGAUAUUGAACUCUUGAGGGACCUCUUGAGCUUCAGUGGGGGUUAGUGAAGUGGUCCCUAGAGGGGCUUUCUAAGGUAGCCCCUAUAGAGACCACUCUGGAGUUGCUAAGUACAAAUAAAACUCCUCCAAAAACUUGAAUUUGAGAUUUUUCGAAGUCAUCAAAAACUGGGAAAAUUUUUAGUGGCCACUAUAGGGUUUUGACCUUUUAGCGGCCACUAUAGUAGUAAGAUAGUGGCCACUCGAGGAGUUUAAAAUUAGUGACCACUAUAGAGGUCCAAGGGCUACUACUAGACCUCUUAGUGGCCACUUUAGGAGUCAAUGGAUCAACAUAACUGGUCCAAUCUGCUUGUUUUAUAAUUAUCAGAGUUACUGGAAGAAGUACUGGAUGAAAAACUACUGAAGUGGCCACUAAAACGGAAAAUAGUGGCUACUAUAGAGGUGGGUCUAGUGGCCACAUUAGUGUCCUCUCCAAGUAGUCUUUGGCGAGCCUCUAUAGUUUCCCAGCAAAACCUUUUUCGUGAACUAGAAGAGGUACAGUUAACUUCCUCGAGGACCACCUGUCCCAAGCUUUUACAACCGACAGAUUGUAUCACAAAGCGAGAAAAAAGCCGUGUCAUUUUGGUUUACAGCCGCGGCUGUAAAACAGAGCUGAACACGUGGCGGUUCUGCUCGUUUGGGCGGUUAUUAGGAGCUCUGAUUUGUGAGACGGGAAUAAUUGGCUUGAAAUUUAUUUUAGUGCCCAGAAUUACAGUUAUUCUGAUAAAAAAGGACUGAAAUUACCUAUUUUCCGGUUCUAGGACGAAGUUUCAAUGAACAUGAGUAAGAGGAGACUUUAAAAACCGACUCAUUGAUUUUUAAUAAUCAUUAUUCAUCUACUGAUGUGUUUCUUUCCUUAUAAGGGAGGUUACCUUUUUGGUUGGGAAUUUCCUGAAGGUUGCUAGAACACUUCUUGAUGCACCAGAAGAAGAUUCUGAGAUUCUGAAAGCCUCAGCUUGCAAAACUUCCCAGUUUUUAGGAAAUAAGGGCUCAAAACUCUUUUUUUCAAAAACUAGAUGGGCAGGGUGUUCACCUGGUACAUCUAGAAAGGCUCUGGCCAAUUUUUUUAGGUAAAGUACAAGGUAAAAAGACCCCCUGUUAAGCAAAGUGAAAAGGAACCCCCCUGUUAAGCAAAGUAAAAAGGACACCCCCUUUUUUUUUAAGCAAAAGGAGAAGCCUCCACUCUGUUAAGCAUAAUGAAAAGCCCCCCAUUUUAAGAAAAAAAUGAGAAUCCCCCUGUUAAGCAAAGUGAAAGCGAACCCCCCUUUCCCUCUUUUUAAGCAAGGUAAAAAGGAUUCCUCUCUCCCGUUGAGCAAAGUAAAAAGGAGCCCCCCUGUUAAGCAAAGCAUCAAGUUUUUUUGAAGCCAAGUGGACCAAUAAUUCAUUUUUUUAAGGAUCUUUGGUAGAGCGGAUGAUUAAAUUAAUAAAUAUUCGAAGAAAACUACUCCAAAUCAUGGAAACUUCAAUUUUCAGCCGCCCCCUACAUGCCAUCGUACAUGGAGGAAGGACAGCCUUGUGUCGUUUGCGGGGAUGUCGCCACUGGGUUGCACUAUCGGUAAUUUUCGAACUUCUACUUCUUGGAGUUGAUGUUCAGUAACAGAUAAGUAUCAAAAAUUGAAAAAGAAACAGUUUUUUGAAGGUUUUCUAGAGCAAAAAAGGUGUGAAAACGCAAUUUUUUUCAAAAAUUAGCUUUUUAGCAAGGUUUGGAGGAGUAUAUUAGUGGGAAAGUUGAACAAAAUGUGUAGUUUUUAGUAGAAAAAAAAUGAUUUUUCAGUGCGAUCACCUGCGAGGGGUGCAAAGGAUUCUUCCGACGCACUUCUCAGGUAAUUUUCUGAAUUUUUUUGAUUUUUUUAAUAUAUUUUUUUACAUUUUCAGCGCCACCUGACCUACGUCUGCCGUUCCGGCGAGACUUGCGACAUCAACAAAGUGACGAGAAACAUUUGUCAACGUUGCCGUUUCCUCAAGUGCAUAAAUGUCGGGAUGAGCACCGAUCGUGAGUGUUUUGUAGUGCCGUGGUCGCAUUUGGAAUGGCUAAAUCCUCGGCUUGAUGUGCUAUCCAAGUGCGCGAAAGUCGCAUUUGGUCGGAUGAGCUUUUCUUAAAAUUUUUGUUUUUGAAAAAAAAUUGACGUGUUUUUCGUUAAUGCCGUGUUCGAAGACGGAAUUCGAAAUUUUCUCUAACCAUCCAAGUUCAGAGUGGUCCCUAAAGGGGUUAUGGCGGAAAACAACCCUCUAGGGGCCGAAAAAGUGAUCCCUAUAGGGGUGAAACUUUGUUCCUUCCGUUCUGACCAAAUUAUUUGUGCCUGACUUAGGAACUCCAGUCUGGUUAGGGGGAAAAGAGCCGGAAAAAGUGGUCCCUAUAGUGGUUUCGGGUCUGACCCCUUAGCCCCUAAAGCGACCAUGGAGGGGUCCCUCCAAGAGCCUUUAAGGUUGCCCCUGUAGGGACCACUCUGGAGCUCGUAAUCACUUUAAAAACGGCCUUGGUUACCAUGAGGUUCUUCUGAAAUUGAAAAAAUCAAUAUUCAGUGGUGCUCAACGAAGACGAGCGCGUGAGGAAGCGUACGUUGAUCCGCGAGAAUCGGGAACGUCGGACUCUGGAAUCGACGGUGGCCGCGAUUCGAGGACCGCCGGUCGAUGAACUCAAAGCGGCUCUUGUCAGGACUGAGGUUUGAAGAAAAAGAUGAAGAGAGAUUGUGGAAGGUGAGGAGACGCAGGGAUCUCUUCAUCUCUGCUCCCUCCUAUUUUCUAGUGAUACCCAACUGUGUCUUUCUAAGUAGUCGAUUCAUGACUUUCUUGGACCUCAAAGGGGCGUGGCCUGUCUGCGCUCUACACCAAAGACACUGUCUCUUUUCCGAUCGUGUCAAGACCAUUUUCCGAUGCCUCAAGCCAGCCGUUAAUCAGGCGUCUUUUUAAAAAUCGAAAAAGAGACCCCUGAAAGAGUGUGUGAAAUGAAGAGACGCAGACAGUCUGUGAAACUCAGAGAGGGUAAGAAUUGAAGAGACGCAGACGGUGUGUGAAAUUUAAAGAGUACGUGAAAUGAAGAGACGUAGACGGUGUGUGGAAUUCAGAGAGUGUGUGGAAUGAAGAGACGCAGACACGUUUUGUAAAAUUUCUCUCUGGAAAUACAUUUCAAAAAUGACAAAAAUCUGGAUCCUAAAUACAGUGUACAAACUGAAGAGACGCAGCUUUCUUUUUCUCAGGCCUCUCUCAAGCUCCUACACACUCUCUCUCCUUCUUCUUUUCCAAAAUAUUUCUAGGCUUCAAAAUGAAAAUUAAAAGUCAAAAAUGGUCAAAUAUAGACAAAAAUAUCCAGAUCGACCGCCUGACCAAGAGCUACUGCCAGAACAUCGACCAGCCGGCUGAAGUGACCCCUUCAGGGACCUCCAAAGUUCCAAAAAUCACCCAGCUUCUCCAGAAGCUCGUCACGAAUGCCACACAGUUUGCCAGCGAUUUUUCCGCUUGGAAUCAGGUAAUUUUGGAAGAAAAUAGGUUCCGCAAUGAGGGGAAUGUGUUGAAAAAAUAUGAAAAAAGUUGAACUUUCAUUGAAAAAUUAGAAAAAAGUCAGGUUUUCCAAUGGAAAUGAGGUUCAAAUGAACUUGAUCUCCAUUAAUUUUCACGGAUUUUGCUUCUUCACAUAGGAAUUUUUAUAAAAACUUUCAAAUAAUGGAUUUUUUCCAGCUCUCCAUCAAGUCCCAAGCGGUUCUAUUGGAAAACUGUGUCCUGGAGACGCAUCUCCUUCGUUUCGUUUCGUUCUUCGAUGACGCUGAGAACUGCUUCAGGCCUUCUGAGAAGGUAUUCUAUCAGGAAAAUAAGAAGGAAGAAUAAAAUACAUUAUGAAACUUUUUCUGAGAAAAUUGAAGAGGUAGAAACUUUGAAAAGUCGAUCUCCACUUGAAAAACGUCAGAGUGGCUCCUAUAGUGGCUGUUUUUCUCAUUUUACUCCUAAAGGGACCACUCUGGAGAUCCCAAUUAACAAUAAUCGAAUGUCAUGUACACUUAGGAGUUUGAAAGUGAUCCCUAUAGGGGUUAGAAGUAAGAACAGCUCCUAUCAGCUUCGAAAAAGUGGCCACUACAGGGAUAAAGUCAAGGUGGUCCAUAUAGGGAUUUAGGGUCCGAUCCCUUCGAUACUAAAGUUUGAGUGGUCCCUAUAGGGGCCUUUCAACUUCAUAAAAAUUACCGAUCAGCAUGUCCCCUAUAGGGAGCACUUUUGCAAGCUUUAGUGGCCCCUAUAGGGGUUGGUGAAAAGAUCACUAGAGUGGACCCUCCAAGAGCCUCUAAGAUUGCUCCUAUAGGGACCACUCUGGAGCUUCUUUUUUUAGUGGCCCAUAUAAGCGUUGGUAAAGUGGUCACUAAAGUGGAGGCCCCAAAAAAUGACCCCGUAGGGACCCCUCUGGAGAUCGCAAGUACUUCAUUCCUUGGUAGCUUUACAAGAGGUUCAUAAUCUGUUUAGAACUUGAAUGACAAUUAAAAUGACGUCAUUUAAAAUUGCCCUGGCUCGCUCUCUGAUUGGUUUAUCACCCAAUUAGGGGCGGAGCUUGAGCGAUGACUUGAAAUUCAAGAUCUGAACGGAGUAGAGAGGGUUCAUGUACAGUUUGGGAUGCUUAGAGGGCGUGGCCUGUCUGCGCUCUCCACCAACCAGACACUAUCUCCUUUUUCAUCGUGUCAGGACCCUUUUCGAUAGCUCAAUGAACCAACUAUAUGGAGAAUUGAUGGAUUUCCAAGAGCGAAAUAGUGUGCAAGAUCAAGAGAGUUAUAGAGAAUGAAGAUUUUUAAAGUGUUAAACCUUGAAAAAUGGGAAUAUUUUCAGGUUUUCCUCCGUCAGCACGACCUCCUUGAGUCUGUCGCCGUCGAUGUUGAACAAGACGAAAACGAAGAAUUGCGACAGCUCAUCUCCAAGUUGUUCACGGUUGCUGGGUGAAUAUUUUGAGUUUACUGGGAAAAGCCUAAGUGGCCACUUAAGAGGAUCCUUGAGGGCUCUAGAGUGGCCACUCAAACCAGCUUGCGUCUCAGUGGCCACUGUAGUAGUUUGUAGUGGGCUAGUUGUACCACUUGCACUCAGAAGCUCAUUUUAGCCUCUUUAGAGGUCCCUCAAAUGUUAAAGCCCUUAAGUAGCCACUAUUAUAGAAAAAAAAAAUGAAAAAUAGUGCGAAUUCAAGUCCAAGUGCUAGUUUUCUUAUGCCAUUCACGCGAAAUGCAAAAUUAUCUCUGACUCUCCAAAAUUUAGUUACCUUUUUAAUUUCUGACGAAUUUUUUGAACUGAUUUAAAAAUUUGAAAACGAUAAUUUUUCCAGAUCUCUUUCCUCCCUGCAACUGGACCAUCGACAGCUGACCGUUCUGUCCGCCUUGUUCCUCUUCAAUAGUGAUCACUUGAGUGAUGAGAAGGUGCUUAGUGAUGCAUUCAUUGAGCGAUUGAAAAAAAGUCUUUCAGCAAAUCGCCAGCGUCGAAAAAGUUCAAACUGAGCUGUGGGAGAUGCUCCGGCUCCUUAACGAGGAAUCUUCUGAUGAUUUGCAGAGGUGGGCAUUUUUUGGACUUGAAACUAGGGAAGAAAAGUUUCUGGAAAUUUUCGGGAAAAAUUCGGGAAAAUUCCAGAGUCAUCUGCCACUCCCCCUCGUCCGAACAAGCCUCCCCCUUCCCCCGGGCAAAUUUCGACUGGUGGGGGGCUGAAUCAAACGUGGGGAGCUAUACCUUAUUUUAAAAUUGCGUCCCCCAGUCCUAAUGGGCUGCGGGGGGCUAUUUCUACACCAGUAGGGGGGGCCGUUCUGGAAUAAUCCCCAAAGUUCAAAAUUUAAUCAAUUUUCCAACAAAAAAUUCAAAAAUUAUAAAUCAAAACAUGUGGAAUUCCAGGUACCCGCGGCUGAUCGCCAAAAUUGCCCAUUUCAAGAUUUUCUGCGCCAAAUUGCGGGAGCAUUUCCGGAACGCCAACAAUGUUGAGCUCUUCACGGCGAUGCUGGCUGUUUGA